AUGAAAUUUAUCUUCUGUUUGAGUGUCCUUGCUGGGACAUUUUUCCCCGCUCACUCAUCUGUGCAGAAAGAAGACCAUGCCCCCUAUCUGGUAUACCUCAAGUCUCACUUCAACCCCUGUGUGGGUGUCCUCAUCAAAAGCAGCUGGGUGCUGGCCCCCGCUCACUGCUACCUACCAAACCUGAAAGUGAUGCUGGGAAAUCUCAGGGUCAGAAUCAGAGAUGGGACAGAGCAGAUAAUUGACCCUAUCCAGAUUGUCCGCUACUGGAACUACAGUCAUAGUUCCCCCCAGGAUGACCUCAUGCUCAUUAGGCUGGCUAAGCCCGCCAACCUCAACCACAAAGUCCAGCCCAUUCCCCUCGCCACCAGCACCGUCAAGCCAGGCACCGUCUGUAUGCUUUCAGGCUUGGACUGGAGCCAAGACAACAGCGGCAGACACCCUGAUUUAAGGCAGAACCUGGAGGCCCCCAUGAUGUCUGAUGCAGACUGCCAGAAAACCGAACAAGGAAAAAGCCACAGAAACUCCAUAUGUGUUAAAUUUGUGAAAGUGUUCAGUCGAAUUUUUGGGGAGGUGGCCGUUGCUACUGUCAUCUGCAAAGGCAAGCUACAGGGGAUCGAGGUCGGACACUUCAUGGGAGGGGAUGUGGGCAUCUACACCAAUGUUCAGAAAUAUAUCACCUGGAUUGAGAACGUCACUAAAGACAAAUGA